GCCGUUGGAUUUCGGCGCUAUUCCCUAACCCUUUACUGACUGCAACCCUAACAUAUUCUCACAAACAGCCCCUCGAACACUUCUGACAUCAUGGGAGCUAACGUUACCACGCAUGAGGGGACAGCCCCGUUUCACUAUGAGCACCUCCCCAAGCCCGCGCAGACCUGGUAUCGAGUGUACGGCGAUCUUACGGUCGGCACGCCCCUCGUGGUGCUGCACGGGGGCCCGGGGUUCUGCCACAAUUACAUGCUCCCCCUGGCCGAUCUCGCCCGUCCCCAGAGGGCGGUGGUCCUGUACGAUCAGAUCGGAAACGGGCAGUCGACGCACUUCCCGGAGAAAGUUGGCGAUCCGGCCUUCUGGACGGUCGAGCUGUUUGUCGCGGAGCUGGCCAACCUGCUGGCCCACUUGGGCUUGGGCCUCGCGGCCGGCCGCCUCUUCGAUCUCCUUGGCCACUCGUGGGGGGGCAUGCUGGGCGCCGAGUUCGCCAUCCGGCGGCCGGUGGCGGGCCUGCGGCGUCUGGUGCUCUCCAACGCCCCGGCCUCGGUCUCUCUGUGGCUGGAGUCCGUAAACCGGCUCCGCGCAACCCUGUCCCGUGAGGUCCAGGCGACGCUGCAGCGCUGCGAGGACGAGGGCCGCCUCGACUCGAAGGAGUACGAGGACGCCACCAUGGUCUUCCUGUCGCAGUUCUCCUGUCGGGUGGACCCCUGGCCGCAGGAGUUUGUGGACAGUAUCGUGUGGGCGACCGAGACGGAUUCCACCGUCGCGUCUACCAUGCUGGGCCCGUCCGAGUUCUGGAUCGAGGGCAGCUUGAAGGAUUGGAGCGUGCUGGAUCGUCUGCAGGCGAUUCAGGUGCCCACGCUGCUGAUCAACGGGAAAUAUGACGAGGCGCAGGAUAGCACCGUGGCGCCGUUUUUCUGGGCUAUCGACAAGGUGAAAUGGGUGACGCUGGCGGAGAGCGCCCACUGUCCGCAGUUUGAUGAGCCGGAGAAAUACCUGCAAGUCAUCCGGGACUUUCUGGGAGCUCGGGAGAAUUAGGGUUGCUUAACUAUCAUGCUAGCCACAGAUAGCUGAGACAAGCAUGUCACGCCACUUGAGGCUCGAGAAAUUCAUCCGUAUCCAUUCGAUCAUCGGCC